AUGGAGAUCGAUGAAGCUCCUUCGACAUCGAAGGCUGCUGCAUUGCUAGAAGGCACUGAGGCAUCAGCAGACAAGCGAUGGGCAGAACUGUCAGAGCAAGCGCUUGAUGAGGAGAUAGCAGCCUACAGAGGGGGAAUAGAAGAUGUCAGCAAGGAACUGGAGGCACUCGGGGUCAUUUGGCAGGUGCCCCCACACUGCAUCCCCAUCCAUGCCAACGUUAUGACCUAUGACUGGACGACGCUCAUCACAACGACACAAUUCGAUGUCAUCAUGAUGGAUCCACCCUGGCAGCUGGCCACUGCCAAUCCCACUCGAGGGGUUGCACUGGGGUACAGCCAGCUGACAGACAGGGAUAUAGAGGACCUGCCUGUGCCCCAGCUGCAGACUGAUGGCUUCCUCUUUGUCUGGGUUAUCAACGCCAAGUACAAGUUUACGCUGGACCUCUUCGAGCGAUGGGGUUACACGCUUGUGGAUGAGAUUGUGUGGGUGAAGAUGACUGUCAACCGACGGCUGGCCAAGAGCCAUGGGUACUACCUGCAGCACGCCAAGGAGGUCUGCCUCGUGGGCAAGAAGGGCAAAGACCCACAAGGGCUCAAGGGGUGCGUGGGGUCGGAUGUGAUCUACGCAGAGAGGAGAGGGCAGAGCCAGAAGCCAGAGGAGAUCUACCAGCUCAUAGAGGAGCUUGUGCCUGGAGGGAGGUAUUUGGAGAUCUUUGGGCGCAAGAACAACCUCCACAACUACUGGGUGACCAUUGGCAAUGAGGUGACCGGGACAGGGCUGCCUAAAGAAGAUGUGGCAGCCCUCAAAGAGCAUGACCGAAUCCCAAAUGCUGUCUAUGGUAGAAACCAGAAGAGCUAG